AUGCGAUACUCCCUUUCCUUGGUUGCGCCGGCUUUGGCCUUGACCUUGAUCCUCCCGACGGCGACGUCUCUAGUCUUUGGACCCUACGAGCAACGUCCCUACGAGCAGCAACACUGGUUCGAGACUCGCCAAGACAAGAGCCAAGAUCCUGCUCCUGUGAAACCAGCCUCCUCGCUAAUCAUCGACACCUUUCGAAACCCCUUGCACAAUGAUCUAGGGUUCUGGCAUGGCACCGGCGAGAACUUGACUCUCCAACAUGAGCCCGGUUCCAUGCGUCUGUUCCCGACAGACCCGGACCAGAACUUCCAUACGCAAUUCGAUGUACGCGACUGCUUCAGUCUGCUUCCAUGGAAAGACCAGUUUCUGCAUGUUGUGUUCGAGGGCAACGAGGAAUUUACGGUGUCGCUGAAUGAACACAAUGCGGAGUGCAAUCCGGCUCGUUCGCCUUUCCCUGGUGUGCCGGACAGUGUACAGGCGUCGAGAUACAUUAUGAGAACUCGGUCAUGGGAUCCGGAUCAUGACGAUAAUGACUGGGAUGAGAGUCUCAAGCACGGGAAGCAGAGACUGCCUCUCAAACAUCGAUUCAGAAAUGACACUCGUGGUGGUGGCCGCCAACGUCCUGCUUGGUCAAAGAGAUCCGAGUUGUUCAUUCCGUUGUCUCAUUUCCGAAUCGAUCACAAGCGCGUUGUCUCGGUCUCUUUCACUGGGUUCUACACCCGUGAGCCCAUCACUCUUUACCGGGUCGAGAUCGUGCCGGAUGUGCCUAGUCCAGCCGCCUGGAAUGGUUACUUCACGAUUCCAGAAAACCUUCCGACGGGACAGCUGAUUCUCCGUUGCAGUCGGCCUAACUCAUUCGCCUUUGGCAUUGAUGACGGCCAGCCUCAAUACGCGCAGCAGGUCAUGCGAAUCCUGGACGAGGAGGAUGUGCGGGUGACAUUCUUUGCCGUUGCGACUGGACUCAGAGAUAGGAGCACCAAUUUCACCAGGUUUUAUGGGGAGAUGUUGAAGAAGGGACAUCAGGUUGCUUUGCAUUCGAACACUCAUCCUAAGAUGGAAGCCCUACCGACCCUGCACGAGAUCAACGACGAGAUCAUCCAAUCCAUACGGACACUGGAGGAUCAGCUAGGCGUGAGAUCACGAUACUUCCGUCCACCCUUCGGCACCGUCGGUGUGCGCCUGCGUCAACAGCUGGCGCAGUACAUCGACGACCCAUACAUUGUGAACUGGAGCGUUGAUGUGGAAGACUGGUUAUGGGGAGAUACCAACACACCAGAACGACAGCUCGACGCAUUCUAUCGGGAUGUGGCCGGAGGUGGCAAUCUCGCCGUGAUGCACUACCUCAAUCCCAUUACGGCUGGAUACCUGCGGCAUUUCAUUCGGCAUGUUAAGAGACUGGGGCUCAACAUUAUGCGAGUCGAUCAGUGUCUGGAGGAUCCCAACAGUCCGCCGCUGUGA